UCUCCACACCUACUUUACUCCCCCAAAAACGAAGAAGCUCGUCCCCAGCUGGACACUACCAUGCAUCUUCUGUUACGAAGAUCAUGGAGCCGCUCAGGUACUUCAUUUAGUAUUCUUUGCAACCUCGCACAUAACGGACUUGCAGACAUGUAAACAUUGAAGUUGAUCAUAGCCGGCCUCCUGUUUCUUCCAGGCCUCACCAGCGAACGCUUACUCCUCCUGAAAUGAUCAGUAGCCCACCGUUGCACAGGUCUCAAUCUGAUCGCCAUGUUUCGGCAAAAUACAGCAUUCCAAGCGGCGGCGAUGAGCGUCACCGCCAACACGAGGACAGUCCAUGCGGUAGUGAUUCCAGUGAUCAAUCACACAUUACCCGCCAAAUAAUGCCACCUAAGUCAGAUUCAGAGGAGUGGGAGAAGUACGCUUGUUUUACUCUGGACGGCACGACACGGAAAUGGUUGUGCACCUGGUCGACAGAGUCAGGAGGACAAUGCAAAUACAUGUCCAAGAAGCAAUUAGUCAAACGCCACGUUGAAACGACUCAUUUGCGUUAUAAGCCAUUCGUAUGCGGUGUCUGCGGCAAAGGUUUUCCCCAGAAAACUUCUCUCGAUACUCACAUGCACGGACACACUGGAUCUACGCCGCACGCAUGCCGGUAUAAUUGUGGGAUGUGGUUCAAGGAUCCGGCACGUAGACACAGACACAUGGUCGACGAGCACCAAUACGUACCAAAGCAGUCUAAGAAGAAGCACACGAACGGACAGCCCCAAGACACUUUGGACUUCGAAUCUGUGCAACGAUGGAAUGUCGCCAGUGCCCCUUAGUGCCUGGCCCCUUCGACGAGAAGACUAAUGUGUGUCAGCAUUAAUAUUGUAAGCCAAUGUGACAUUGGCUGACAGAUAUCGCCGUGAUGUCGGCGUUCGAUCUAUCAUGUCUACGGUUGACUGCUUAUAUGUAUAUCACGGGCCGUAGCAUUUCCUUUCUCCACAGAGUGGAUGAGACAUGACCUAGGGACCUGCUAUGUUCGGAACAAUUAUUCUUAUUAUUAUAACUGAAUUAUUCUUGCGAAUUCUUAUCCUCAUUAUUUGAUACAAAUCAACGCACUCGUAAACUAUUAAAGUAUGAUCAAGUAUCCCAUCCCUAGAAGCGUUGUCAAUGAUACAACGGAAUUUUUCACAAUAUUGCGUGCCUAUCAUUUGUUUCUAUGC